GAAUCGAGUACAUCUCUGGUACAUUAAUGGCUGCUCAUUUAAGUUUUUGUGUCUACUGCGAAAAAGUUCGGAAAUUCUAGUGGCAAACGAGUUACUAUCGUUCGCAAUUUGUGCAGCAAUCGCUAGUAUUGUUUUGUAAAAAGUAGGUUUUAGUGUUUGUAAGCUAGGAAAUUGUACUGUGUAAGGUUUUACGGGCGCUGAAGAAAAAGACAAUUUCCUGAAUUGUGUGGAGAAAAGCUUACGGGGCUACAGUUUUUUUUGCUGCAAGAGGAGUGCAUUACAAAGCGAAAAAAAAAAGAAAAAGAAAUAUAUCUGUGAUAAAACGUGCGUUUGUUUGAGUGAGAAGGGUCGACGAUACGCGAGUGUGCUCUGGUGCGAAAGGAAGAAGGAAGUAUUUGCGCCCCUGGCUAGCUCUGACGUUUUCGUUUUUUUGUGUACAUACGAAGUGUAGUUUAUAGUGUUGCGUGUGCGUGUGCAGUGUGUAAACUGUCAAAAGUCAUUCUCUUUGUAGUAUUAGUGUUAACAGCAGCAGAAGAGGAGUUGAAAGAAACUUUUCAUCGAAGCGAACGGUUUAUAACGAAAGUAUACUUCGUGGGCUAAAUCUCAUUUUCAACCGCGGAUAGAAUUAUGUCAGAAUCAAUAAGCCUAGAGUUGCAGUCAACAUUACUUCUGGAGACGUUGCGUCAAACUCCCGAUGUGCAAGAACAUGACAUGGACAGUGGUAGAGGUGCGUUAAUUGCUGGAGAUGGUAAUAUGAAAGGCACUUCGAGUUCUUCGCUUUCGUCAUCAGCAGACGGUGGAGGUGGUAUCGGGGCUAGUAGCUCUGACGGCAAUAGCGAGAAAAAUGGGUUGGAGGCGAUGGAUCCUGCUAUUUUAUCAUCUACGAUCUGUUCGGAUAGUGAAUCUUCGUCCGCUGCAAACGGCAAAAUGUCUGAUCGGAAGCGAUACACGGCGAACCAGCUGCUAGCGCUACGCAAUGUUGACCUUUCCAAAAAGAGGCCAAUUUUACACGACCACAUAAUUGGGGGCUCUGCUGCGGAGAAACGUUUCAACAUAAUAGCGACGCUAUUGAAACCAGCAUCGUGUCCGUGUGAUGAGCAUAAGAAUGGUCUUCUGGGUAAUUAUGGGAGAAAUCGUGUCGUUUAUUCAUCAACUAAUAAUAACUCCGGGACGAGUGGUGCUAAUGGAAACGGUCCCGGGAACGGCGGCGUGAGUGGUGGGAAUAAUACCGGACGAGUCGAAAUGCGACGUUCGGGAGGUUUGGAUUUGCGCGACCCGAAAGAUCGUUUGCGUAAGGAGGAUGGAAUUGUCCUCUCACCCCAACGACGCUCGUUCAAUAUGGGCUGUCAAAUGCCUGCUGCUCCUACUUCCGGCACUAGUAAUCUAACCAUUGGCGGUGGUCUGUUGCGUCCAGAACGUGACAUCCUGAGCGGACGGGAGAGACGAAUUGGAAGUGGUAGAAUCUUAUCACGGGAUGUCUCCUGGGAUUACCGUCCGGAUAAGGACAUGCCGGAAAGCAACGAUUAUCGCGCCUCGAAUAACCUGCCAUUUCGAGAAAAUAGGGAUCGAGAUGCACGCGAUUCGCGUGAACGAGAACCACGAGAAACCCGAGAUUCUCGAGAUUCUCGAGAACGAAAUGAACGCGAUAAAGAUUUCCGCAAAGAUUUUGACCGUGAUCGUGAGGAACGUUUUGAGCGGCGGCCACUCAAUCGGGAUUACGACCGCAAUGAUAAGGAAUCUCGCAAUGUUCGGAUGGGAUCUCGUUAUUCUACUCCGUACGGUUUGAAUAAUGAUUCUCAUGGAGGCAGUAGCCAUCAUUCCAAUAGUUAUUCUUCCAACAGCCAUUACCAUUCCAACUAUCACGAUCGUCGUCGGCAGUAUGACAAUGGUCGAGAUGAGGAACCGGAAUGGUUCAGUGAGCCAACGUCUCAGUCGGAUACUAUCGAACUGCGAGGCUUUGACGAUCCCGUUUCGGAAGAGGAAACUAAACCAGACAAGAGCAACAAGCGCGAAGAUUCCAAACAUGAUCUCCCGAAUGUGAAAUCCUCCGUGAAGGAUUCCAAACGUCCACCGUCGUCACUUCAAAACGACAAAAACAAUAACCCAAAAUCAAACCAAUCAUCGUUGUCCAAUGGAGUGGUAGAGUCAAACACUGACAAAGCUAACAUCGGUUCGUCGCUCACUCCGGUCGACGCGUCUCAACAAGAUCGAACGCCUGGCGAUGGCUCCAGUGAAAGCUCCACGAAGUCAGCUAUAGGUUCGACUAUUAACAGUAACGCGAGCACCGUUGGACAACCUAAGAUUGCGAACGACGAUUUCAACUUUGAGGACUUCCUGAAACUUGACACGCUACCGAGUAAUUUGUUAUAUCCGGACUUACCCAGCAAAGAGAGCGGUAGCACUGGAUCCCGAUUUUCACAGUGGUUUCGCCAGGAUAACGCUCCUCAGCAACCACAGCAAACUGAGCAGCAGCAAAAGCCGCAGACGAAUCCACCCUUCGACAGCCGCCGUUCCUCACUGCAGGAAGAGAUAAACAACAUGAUUAACGACUUCAGCUCCACUGGACUAGAUGACCACAUUCCGGAUUCGAAUUCGAACAAAUAUUUUGCCCCAAUUUCUCCGGCCGCAAGUACUUCUUCCAACUCGUUGCUGGAAUUGUUCCAGCGCAGCGAAAAGCGCCAUCAGCAGCAGCAACAGCAGAGAGAAAAAGAACCCCAACAUAUGCAGCAGCCAGCUCAACAUCCGCAUUCUCAGUCAAUGAUGGCUCAUCAUCCAAUAAUCCAACAUCAACAGCAGCAACAACAACAACAACAACAGCAGCAACAUCAUCAACAAAUGCAGAAUCGCAACCUUCAGCAGAUGCUCGGUGUGACAGGUGGAUCAAACGCAAGCAACCAUGGCCCCCUGGGUCCCAUUCCAGUUGCACCUAACGUUGGUCAAAUUCAUAGCGUUGAGGAGCUGGAAGCUCGCUUCCGGCAGAAUGAUGUUGAUAGCAGCUCUCGCAAUGGUACGAAUGCAAUUCCGUCCAUUCCACGGUUGAUAACACCAUCAUCAUCGGGCAACGGAAUUCCAUCUAACUCUGAUCAACAGCAGGAAAUGAACGCCUUCAAAAAACUUUUGGCGCAAAUCUCGGAAAGUCCACAUGGUCAGCAUGCACACAAUUCUCAGCCCCCUCCCGGAGCACAUCCACAUCAUCACCCGCAUGCACAACCACAUCCCGUCAAUAUGUUGCACCACCAGCAGCAGCAGCAAAAUGAGUUGCUCCAGAAAAUGUUGCAUCUCAAUCAAAUCCAUCAUCCGGCCAACGAUGUUCGUCAGGCGGAAAUUCUAAAACGCCCGGAAGCACAAGCACUUCUGCAUGGUGUUGCUCGCGGCGAAGUCUCCCAGCACAAUUUGUGGCAGCAGCUGGCUAAUCCUGCCACCGCUCAACCUCAUCGCGAAAUUCUUUCCUCUGUACUUAGCACCAUCAAUACCAGCCCUCGUGUUGUUUCGCCGAAUAUUCUGAUCCAGCCUAGCCCGGGAGCGGUUCCGAUUUUACCACAGGCCGCUGUUCCACCUGCUGCGGCUGUGGCAGCCGCUGCUGCAGCCGGUAAUGCAAAUCUUCUGUUUCAGCAUCACUCCAAGCAGCAGAUGCGCCUGUCUCCGCUACCCAAUGGAAUACCCCAGAGAAUUCCAUCUCCCCGGGAACUGCAGUUCCACACUCAGUCAAUUAUGCAAAAUGCUUUGAUUCGCAAGAAACUAGAAGAACAGCGUGAAAAUUAUCGCAAACGCCAAGAACAGCAACAACAACAACAGCAGCAGCAACAACAAAAUCGUCAACCCGAAGUUAGUUCAGUUUCCUCUUCUGCGGCUCCCUCAGCAACGACUACAGCAACAUCCACCGGAGCAAAUUCCACGGCCGUUUCAUCCGGCGGGCAAACGAGCAAUUCGAUAAUGACAAUUGCUUCGUCGUCAUCAUCAAAUAUAACUCCAACAGCAGUGUCCAUUUCAGUCGCUUCGCCAGCUAAACAAAACCCUCCUUCACAUUCCCAUUCCCAGCACACCUCGUCUCCUACCCCGCUGGCGUUCACUCCAACCUCGGUACUGCGCAAGAUGACCGCCGAAAAGGAGAGUGAACCACUGUCGUCUGCCAGCACCAUAAACGCUCAACAGAACGAACGUCCGCUGAACCAGAACAUUAUGGUGAACAACCUCUUGAAUCAACAGCAACAACAACAGCCCCAACCAAGAAACCUGAACGCUCUCAUUGGCCAACAUCCACCUGCGCAUCCAUCGUCGAAUCAGCAGCAGGGACAACAGGGACCGCCUCCACAGCUGCCACAUCAUCAUGGUGGUCUCGGUUCAUCGGUCCAUCACCCGAAUGCGAUUGCGCCUCCGCAAAUGCCACAUCAGCCACCACCACAACCACCCCAACAACAACAGCCGCUGCAGCCAAAUCCACAGCAAAUGCGCGGCAAUCCACAGCCGCCGGGAAUGGCUGGUGGCAUUCCCUGGAAUCUGAAGCAACCGCACCCGGGCCCACAGAUUCCCCACAUGCCAAAGCCCCAGGGAAGGCCAAUCUUGAAAGGUGGAAAUGCCCCUCAGCCGCAGCAGCCGCCACAACAACCACCGCAUCCAGCAUCGAUGUCGCAGAUGCCUUUCAGCUCGAACAUGGACUUCCAACAGCAAAUGCAGCAAUUCCAGAGCCGAAGUGGCAAUCCGAUUCUCGGAUCCCAUCAGUCCCUCCCACAGCAGCAACAACCGCAGCCACCACAGCAGCAGCAGCAGCAACCCCACAACCAACAUCCGAACCAGAUGAAUCCGCAUCUGCAGCAACUGCUCCAGCAGCGUCAACAGCAACAGCAGCGCGCUAUUCGUAACCAACAUAUGCAACAAAUUCCACCCUCCUUCAGGAUGGGCCCCCAGCAGCAACCACCGCAAACACCACAGGGCGGAGGCCCAGGCCAGCAUCCCCACCAGAGCCAGCCCCCACAGGGUGGUGCCGGGAUAAUUAACUACAAUCGUGAUGGUGGUCUAUCGCCCACCAGUAAUCAACUCGCACGUUGGUUUUCACCGGAACUUCUCGCGCAGGCAUCGGCCGGCAAGCUACCCUCGCUGAACAUUGGACAGGCAAUGAGCCUGGAAGAAUUCGAACGCAACAUGCAACACUCGUCGGCAACCGUGCACAACUGAGCUUUGGUUCGUCCAUUUCGCCCAUCUAUCGCUCCACGCCGACUUUCGCCACCCUGGAUAGGUGGGUCAAUAGGGUUCCAGCAGUCACGUAGGAAUAACAGUAAGUCUAUCUGUCGGCCAGAGUAGAUAAAAUACCCCGAUCAACUGCAACCGCAAUCCAGAUUUCCUCUGUUUUUGCGUCUAACUGACCGUCAUUGGCACUAUUUACUAAAAAUACUAGUAUGAGAUAGGAUGGAAUGUAAUUACUCCAUUUGGAAGCUACUAGAGGAGUCACAAAGGAUCAAUCUUUGCUACACUGAAGCAUAUUAGCAGAUAUCCUUCAUUUUUCCUUACGAAUCUAAUAACAAACAAAUCCAAAGACGAUGUGAGCAAAAAUAUUAAACACAUUAACAGCAGCAUAAAUAUGGCAAUGGAAAAAUGGUAAACUCAUCUGGAUAAGUAAUAAAAUAAGAACCCUCAAAGUAGUUUUUGAAACAUUCUAGUUAGAUAGAUAGAAAUAAUGAAUAUCUCAAAAUAACUAAUAUCAUCAUCAAGGAGGGGGAAAAUACUAUCAACUAUAUUGUGGAAGGUCAUUUGUGGAAUGAUUGAGUAUCGGAUAAUCGUUUCCUGUUCCGUCCAAGUUGACGUGAAAAAAAGGAUUGCUUUACGAGAGCACCAGUGAAAUAAAACCAUGUUCGAAGGAUUCCAACAAGACUUCGUAUUUUCCAGCCGGGUGCUAUGAUUGAUGCUAGGAUCGUUAGCAAAAUCUCAAGCAGAACUGUCAGUGGGAUACCCAAUGCAUAUGAAAACAAAGGGAAAAUGUCAGUGGGAUACUCGAUAUGUUGGUUCCUGUCAGUUCAAUAGGGGUUCUCUAAAGACGUCACCCGGCUGGUAUUUUCACUUUUGGAUUAGAGUUGUCGUAGAAAAGCUUAAUCUAGCUAGCAGUCAUAGAGAGCCAACCACCUAUCGUACAUUUUUUGCUGUAUUCAUCGCUGGAAUAGUCGUUCUGUGUGUGGAUAAAACAUUUUCAUAUAGAGCUUAGUCUAUGGCUUAGAGGCGAAUGAACUACAAAGUUUAAAGCCUCUUAAAAACAAAGAAGAAGAAGAAGCUUAGUCUAUAGGGAGGGCCGAAUGACCUUUGGGUUAAAGUCCCUUCAAAAACAAGAACAAGAACAACAACUUAGUCUAUAGGUUGAAACAGUGGGAUGGGCAUGUGUGUGCGUGUGCGAGUUUGUGUGCGAGCGCGUGGCAGAGGAUGCCACACUCCAAUUUCACAUAAUAGAUGAACUGGACGCGUUGAACCUACCAAACAUUCGAAUUACACUGUGCAGUAGACAUGGAUUGCCAACAACUAGGCCAAGUAGGGUUUCCACUGGGAGUUGACCUAAAAAGAUUAUACAUACAACUAUGAAUGGGUUCGCAAAAUGCCAGUAGGGCGAGAAACAUCUUUUUGAGUCGGCAGAAUAAAGUAAUUUGCAAAACUGUAGUGAUGGUCGAUCGCAUCUAGGGAAAAUUGUCCCCCUUGUAACAACAACAGAAUACAAAACACAAAAAGAGUUGUUGGUAAGUUGUAAAAGUGUUUAUUAUUUUCGGUAGCCGUAAAGGGUUAUAUGUGUGUGUCACAGAGAAUUAGGAAUACGCUGAAAUAAUAGUGUGGGUACAUCAAGUACUAAAGAAAUAAGACUAAGUGUAACCAUUAGUUAUUUGUUUCGCAGGAGAGGGUCAACCGGUCGUCUCUGUCUGUAGAUUACUGCCAUAGUAAUUUCAGUUUCCUUCACUCUCUUGUCAUGACGCAUUCACUGGAAGAAUUCAAUUCCCUCGGCACUGUUUCUAUCCUGCGCAAAGUUGACGCUGCUGGACACCUUAUCAAAUUCGAAGAGAUUGCUAAUUUUCCCGUUUCGAUUGUGAUCCGAACCGUACCACUAAGUUUAAGUAUUAAGUAACAAUGGAGAACUAUGUAAUGAUACCGUAACCUCCCUCCUAUGUUAAGACAUGAUUUUAUUCGAAAUUGUUAGUAUGUAAGCUUGAUUGAAAGUAACAGAAAAAAUCAACUUCUAGCUGAUAAUUUAAUAACUGACACGAUAUUAGGAUUGCUGUACAAUAGAGAACGACAGUAGCAAGAAGACACAUGAAAUUACAAUGAGGAAUGCUAUUAAUAACUACAAAUUUAUCAACUGCUGCAAACUGAAGCGAGAAACUACUUACUCUCGCAACAAAGAAUAGAAAUAAACGCGCGCUUGUAAAAUCAAUGUAGCAGCAGAGCAAAACAAAAAGCUAGAGAGCGUAGUUUUGUAAAACCUUCAGAAACCCAUGACGCAAACAAAAAUGCACUAGGUUGAUUCCGGAACAGGUAUCUGCCUCGUCCGGGAGGGUACUAAACUUCGAUCGAAAAAAAAAAUGUAAACUAAAGAAGAAAGAAAAAUGUUCAAAGCAGAACACUCAUGGUUGAAUGAAACGAGAAUUGAAAAAAAAAUGAAAAAAAAAACUGAAAACGAAGUGUAAAACGUAAAAAAAAGAUUAAAAUAUUAUAUGUAACAUUACAAUGAAAUUAUAUCAUAUGUAA